GGAGAGGAGGGGAACUGUGGGAGGGGACAGCAGGCUCUCUUGCCUGUCCGGCCUGGGGGAGGCUGGAGGCCUUUCUGGAGGGAUCCAAGAGUUCCCAGGUUCUUGCUGUUGGCGUUUGUGAUUAUUUAGCAAAGCACCAAGGAAGCAACCACUCCAGUUACAGAGUGCAGAGUUUAGUGGUUAUAGCUGUUUAAGGAACAUGCGUGGAGAUCACUGUAGAGUCUAAACCAAAUUGAUUCAUUGGUGGAAUACAUUUGGGAUAGGAAAGACCCAUCCAAUCUAUCAGCUACAUAAUGAAUAGGUAGGGAAGGAGAGAGAGAGAUGUCCCCAUCAAAGGAAGAGGACUGACUCACUACAGGAAGUUCCUGAGGAGUCAAGGCAGGGGUCAUAGAGUAGAGGCAAGCAGGGACCGGUAAAGGAGAUCCUCACUAGCAGCUACCUCUGCUCCCAGUGCCCCAAGUGGUUAUUGCGACUGUUGGUGCAAAAGGUGCACUGGAAGUCUGUCUCCAACACCUGCGUCUACAAGGAGCGCCUGGAAGGUUUUGUGCAGGCUUGCUCCGUUCUGGCUAUGAGUAAUUUCUCUCUCCCGCCCUGUCUGGUUGCCCACCUCCCCACAAGGCCACUACAACUCCCCCAGUGAGCCCUGAUGGCGCCCGUGCACAAAUUCCCCGCUCUCUUCUGCCCCCAGCUUUGCCAUUUUCCUCCCCGAUUUGCCCCUCAUGUGUGGGUUGUUUCCUCUCCUCCUCCUCCUCCUGUCACUCCCUGUCCCCUCGAAUAUAUCACGAACCAAGUCAACUCAGGAUGCAGUCGGGACAGCGAGGAAGCGUGGAGCGACCCAGCCCCCAGAGGACGGCGGAGUCCGGGCGCAAGUUCACCCCAAAGCGGGGAUUGGAGGCGAGGGAAAGCCGUCAGUCAGCCGCCCGCCCCCUCCUCUCCCCAUGGAAGUGGUGGUGCUAAACGCCUGGCCGGCAUCUUCACAAUGUUAGGGGGGAAGCCGCGGUGGGGUCUUGCACCUCCGCAGUCUGCAAAGCACCCAACAGUGAACUAAAUGGAUCCGCCUCGAGUUCGAGAAUGAAUGGCGGGAGACUGAGCCGCAAGUUCCCUCCGGCCCUUCCUGCACAGCACCCCGCCUUGGAUGCUCCAGAGAGGAGAGGCGGACCACAUCCAGGACCUGGCACCUGGCUAAAUCCCUAAGAGAGACUUGCAGCAGGAGAAUCGAGAGGCUUGGGGAAACAAGAGACUUGGGACCCUACUUUGCAACGGGGUUUAUUUAUUUAUUUUAUUGUUGAAUUUAUAUACCGUUUUUCAUUAGAAAUGAUCCCAAGGAGGUUUACAAAAGUUUUUUAAAACUACAAUAAAAAUGACAAUUAAAAGUUAAGCUAAAAAUAUGAAACAAAUCUGAUUUAAAAUAUAUAAAAUACAAACAUAGAAACUAUAUGUGGGUAAAACACACAGAAGCAGCAAUUUAAAAAAUCAUAUAAAGGCCUGGAUUAAAAAAAAAACAAGAUUUAACAAGCUUUCCAAAAUUCAAAUAUAUUCAAAUAUAUUUUCAAAUAGGAUUCAAAUAUAAACCGCAUCUGAGCUGCUGGCCGGAAUGAGGACCCGCCCCCCCCCUUCCCAAAGAGCACUUUCUUCUUGCUGUCUCCCCCACUCAGCCCACCCCAUUUUAAACCCAGAACUUAGAAGGACACUGUAGAGGUUGAAAAAUGCAGGAGACGCACAGUAGGAACUUCCGGCUCACCUUGGACUGCAGCCCUUAGUAGUGGUUAGCCGCUCAGACGUGCCAAAUUUUCUUCACUCUGUUCUGCUGUGUCCCGAGGAAGAAGGAAAUUGUGGGAAGAGGCAGGAUCUUUUGCACAGCACAGCAAAUGCGUCUGUUGUAUUUGGGGCAUUUUCUUGGCGUGGAGCUGGAGGCCACUCCCUGAAGAAAGAGAAAAUUCCCACGUCCUUGCUUUCACGCGGAACUUCUUGAAACCCCCGUGAAAAAGAAGCGGAAGCUUCCACGCCUCUCCUGUGUGGGGAAAGUGACUACUGUUUCCUCAUUGCUGAAGGGAUCUGGGAGAAAAUCCUCCAGGUGGAAUUUAGGUCUCUAAAAUCUUCAUCCCUCAGGAAAGAACAAGGAAGUACUUUGGCUCUCCUGGGAGGCUGACUUGGAGCACAGCUUAAAGAUGGGGAAGGAAGACCCAGCUAGCUGCCAAGCAGAAGAAGGCCUUGAGGCCAGACAAGUGGGGAGCACUGGGGAAUUCUGGGAAAGGACCGAGCAGGAGAUGCUGGUUGAGGACAUCAGGAGCUCAGAGGCCCAGCACCUGCGCUUCAGGCAGUUCUGCUACCAGCAGGCCGAGGGGCCCCGAGAGGUUUGCAGCCGACUCCACAGCCUUUGCCAUCAGUGGCUGAAGCCGGAAAGCCACAUGAAAGCUCAGCUCAUGGACCUGGUGAUCCUGGAGCAGUUCCCGGCCAUCCUGCCCCCAGAAAUGGAGAGCUGGGUCAGAGAGUGUGGAGCGGAGACCAGUUCCCAGGCAGUGGCCCUGGCAGAAGGUUUCCUCCUGAGCCAGGCAGAGGACCAGAGUCAGGAAGAGCAGCAGGAGCAAGGACUGUUGUCGGAAGCGGCCCCUGACUUCCCUGAGGCUGAGAAGGCUCCAUCAGGCACCAGGCAGAGGCCUCUGUCCAAGGAGAUCCCCAGGCAGGAGGACAGCAGUGGGGCCACCUUGCUGGGUGCUGGAAUGACGCUGCCAGGGCCUUCUCAGCCAUCGCUUCUUCCUGGUGGGAUGGAAGAUGCUUCAGGACCACAGAAGCAGGGCCAGGUGACCUUUGAGGAGGUGGCUGUGCUUUUCACGGAAGAGGAGUGGGCUCUGCUGGAUCUGGACCAGAGAACCCUGUACAGGGAAGUCAUGGAGGAGAAUAGGGGCAAUGUGGCCUCUCUGGCAGAUGACAGUGGGGAGAGGAACAAGGAGGGAAUUUGCAACGGAGGAUUGAUGGGUGGUGCCAGCUGGAAAGAGAGAAAAAAACAGAAAAUGAAAACUAAAACAAAACAGAACAAAAAUGGAUCUCAUCAUGGCAAAGUCUAUAACAUCAGAAUCCAAAAAAUAAUGGAGAAAGAACCAGAAAUGAAAAUGUGCUCUCUGAGAAGGAAAAUCUUCUGUUCUGAACCAAGCUUUCAACCUCAGUGGGAAAAGCACACAGGAGAGAAACUAUAUAAAUGCUUGGAAUGUGGAAAGAGUUUCAGUUGGAGCGGACAUCUUACUAGGCAUCAAAGAACCCAUACUGGGGAGAAACCAUAUAAAUGCUUGGAGUGUGGAAGGAACUUCAAUCAGAGCGGACAUCUUACUAUGCAUCAAAGAACCCACACUGGAGAGAAACCAUAUAAAUCAGAGGUUCUCAAACUUGGGUGCCCAGAUGUUGUUGGACUACAACUCCCAUCAUCUGCAGCCUUUGACCACUGUAGCUAGGGAUGAUGGGAGAUGUAGUCCAACAACAUCUGGACACCCAAGUUUGAGAAUCCCUGAUAUAAAUGCUUGGAAUGUGGAAGGAGCUUCAGUCAGAGCGGAACACUUAUUAGACUUCAAAGAACCCAUACUGGAGAGAAAUCAUAUAAAUGAUUGGCGCAUAGUUCACAUCAAAUAAUCCACACUAAUUUCUUGUGGCAAAUACAGGAAAGGAUCUCAUAGACCUGAAAUACACAAAUUUAUAUUUUGGUGUUA